GCCAGAUUGCACUUGGGUUCUGCCGCCCAGAUGCGAUGCCACGUGGCCGGCAGCUGUGGCCGGCGAUCCUGGCGAUGGCCAGGACGAGGCCACGAUACAUAUACACACGAGCGACGCCUGUCUUCUGGCUCGUUGAGCAGCUAGAGCAGCUCGCUACGGGCCAUUUGCCGCGUCGGCGCCUGUCCGCAUCCUUGGGCGAACUGCAGGAUCGACCAGAUGGAAAUAUGUAGCGUGCCGACCAGCCUCGACCCGUUCGCAGGCCUGCGCUUGCUAUUACCCUGUCUGCUGGAACGAUGGCGCGCCCGUCCUUGGCCGCGUAGUCCUGUCGUCGUCGCCUCACUAGCCUCGCUGGUCUCGCUGGCGCCCCGUUACCCGGGACUGUCUCGAGUCGUAUAUCUUUUCCAGUAUACAAACGCCAAGAGCCAAUUGCGUCGCCGCAUUUCUUAACGCCUCGCCUAAAAAUACGCCGGGUAUUCUUUAAGCUUGCCGACGGCCGCGAAGAAGAGAAGUGCAUCGUGGAUGGAGAUGAAGCGCAAGCACACUACGGCCAACGAGGGCCCGCUUCCUGUCGAGGCCUGUGCAUGCGGUGUCAAGGGCAAGACGCGCAAGCGCGAUGCGGAGAACACGCAUGCUAACGCCGGCGACGGCAACGACAGCGAGAACGACGACGACGAUGCAAACGAGAACGAUGCAGAGCGUGGCGACGAUGGCGCGGCCGCGCCGCUGGUCGUGGCCCAGCAGCCGCUAACCAAGCCACGGCCACGCAUGCGGAAUCCGGGCAAUCUGCUUUUGGAUCUCUCGACCAUGGAGCCGCACCCGUCGCCGACGCACAGCGGCAAGAAGAUCGACUACGCCAACGUGUGCUCGCGCGUCACAGACUUCCUCUACGUGGGCGGCGCGGUCGUGGCCGCCAAGCACGAGACGCUGCUCGGCCAUGGCAUCACGCACAUCAUCAACUGCGCCGGCACGGUCACGCCCGACUAUUUCCCGCACCUCUUUUCGUACUACCACUUGCGCCUGCGCGACCACGCAACCCAGGACAUUCACCGGCAUUUCUACAAUGUGUUUCACUUUAUCGACGCGGCGCGCGAAGCCAACGGCAAGGUCUUUGUGCACUGCGUCAAGGGCAUUUCGCGGUCGCCGACCAUGGCGAUCGCGUACCUCAUGGCGCGCGAACAGCUCGGCUUGUACCCGGCCCUCGAGCGCGUCCGGGCAUCGCGCCCCGUCAUCGAUCCGAACGCCGGCUUUAUCUUUCAGCUCAACGAGUGGGAUUCGCUGCGACAGCAGGCGCGGAAGCAGGUCACAAUCUUCCGCAUCGAAGCUUCGUUCUCGGACGACGACGACGGGGCCGACGACGAGUCGCACCCGCUCAUUAUCGGUCCCAUGACGCCGCAGCAACUCGUGUCGAUCUCGCCUGAAGUCGCCACCGUCCUCGACGAGCACCACGAAUCGUGCUUUGUAGUGCUUUCCAUGGACACCAACUACUGCUCGCUCUGGUGCGGCCGCGACGUCUCCGACUCGCUCGUCGCCUCGGGCCGCGCCGCCAUGCGCCUCCUGCAGACGUACGAAGCGUUCCCUCUGACCUUUGAGGUGGUCCAGAGCGGCCGCGAAUCCGCUACGUUUUGGAGCGUCGUGGCGCCCGAGGCCGACGUCGGCGUCCGCGACGACGACGGAGCUGCAACACGCGGCGACGAUCGACCAUCGUCCUGUUUGAGUCCGUCCUAGUAGACGCGACGUUGUAAAAAUAUUACGCCCUAGUACAUACUGUGCA